AUGCUUUCACAUAAUACAUCCCAAAGUAACGAGAGCUCGUUCUCAGAAACGUGCACACCUUCACAACCACAACCUAUGAAAAGGCCACUUUUGAAUUUCGAACGCUUUGACGAGCUGACCGAUUUCGAAGCGAGCGAUUCUGACAAUGUUGACAUGUUGAGACCGCAUGAGUUACAUGAAAGCGAGGCAUUGGAGGAUAAGGUGGAGGUUCAGAAAGUGAUUGCCAAGGAUGAGGACGAUUCGGUGUCAAGCUUUGUUGAGGAAUGGACCAACGACCAAGACGAGUUACUAUAUCAACAGAGCAACAAUGUUCACAAAGAACCCACACACAUGAUCGAAGACAAUGCUCUCGAAGACAAUGACGCAAUUGAUGAAUUAUCGCAUAUAAGCAGCAGCAUUGAGGAAUCAGGAAUCUCCGGUCGCUUCGAGAUGGUUCAAGAAAAUGAAGAGGAAGUUAUCCAGAGAUCUACAGCAGACGACACAGCGAGAUGGAAUCCUUCAAAUACCGGUGGUGGACCCUCUAUACCAACAUUGCAUACCCGUAACCAAGAAGGGAGGAACCUUAGCAUUGCAAGUACAUUUGAUAUUUGGUUACAGCAGAGGCAGAUGAAAGAUGCCAAAUGGCGCGAGCUGUCUCGUGACACUGAAAGAGAAUUUCCCCAGCCUUGGAUCCCUGAAGAGAAGCAGCGUCCGCAGGAACCAUCUACAGAGGUGGAUCAAGAUGACAAUACCGAUGGAGCAUCUUUGGGUGGAAACAGCGACGCUGUACAAAGCUUAUUGCGACAUUUCGAGGAACAUGAUUUGGAAAUCCAUCAAGAAGCUGAUGAGGAGAUAAUGCUGAACAAGCUGCGCUCGAGAUUCAAGUUUCAACCUGAGGUCGAUUUCGAACACGGGAUCAAAUGUAUCGCCAAGAGGAUAUGCUCUAUUAAGCCAUUCAUGCAUUGGCGGACUUUGCGCGCACUCGACUUGAGUUACCAGCAUUUGACCACCUUGGUUGAUCUUGAAGAUAUAGUUCCAAACCUAGAGGCUAUCGAUGUGUCCAAUAACGCAUUACUAGAUAUGCCGAGACUGCCAAAAUCACUCCAAACGCUCAAGGCGAAAACGAAUCGACUUGUAACUAUUCGCGGAUUUCAGCACUUGUCCAAUCUACAAUAUUUAGACAUAUGCAAUAAUGCCGUCAAUAGCUUUGAAGGAGUUAGCCACCUACAUCACUUGCGCACGAUCCAUGCUGAAAGCAACAAGAUAUCUUCAUGUGGCCCUUUGAAGAACAUGCGCGGGCUUAUUCAUUUGAACUUAAGAGCAAAUUCCAUCAAGCAACUGGUAUUUCAAGCAACAAGAAUGGAAAAUUUGGAAACGUUGGAUGUAUCUUUUAACCGAAUCGAGAGCCUGGAUUCGAUUGAGGGCUUAGUCAACUUGCGUGUGCUGAUGCUCGAUCACAAUGAUAUCAAGUGGAUUCAUCUUGAAAGUCCAAUGGUGAAACUCAAGGUGCUACGUAUAUGCUAUAAUCGCCUUCGAGCAUUUGAUGGAAGUAAUUUUCCUGAUUUGCGUACGCUGUACAUGGAUGACAACCAAAUUGUGCGGAUCAUUGGUCUAUCGUGCAUUCCAAGAUUAGCUAACUUUUCUAUGCGGGACCAGGGCGGUCAACGAGUGGAGAUCAACAUGAAAUACUUGCGUGCCGCACGAAAGCUCUACAUGUCCGGCAAUGCUUUGAAACACAUCUCUGACAUUGUUGACUUUUUCACUCUCGAGUAUCUUGAAUUAUGUGCAGUGCAACUUGAAGAGUUACCAGAGGACUUCAGCCGUCGUGUUCCAAAUCUUGGUGCAUUAUAUUUGAGCCACAACUACCUGAAGGAGAUACAUGCUCUACGAAAACUACGACAUCUUCGUAAACUUGUUUUGAUCGACAAUCGUAUCAACAGCCUCUCAAGUACGCUCGAAACGAUAAAAUCAUUGGGACGUCUUCAGCAUUUGGACUUGCGUCAAAACCCCGUUACAGCCAAAUUAUAUCCUCCAGUCAAAACACGAAAUGUCAACAGCAUUGCAAGCUAUCUUGUAAAUGAGCAUGACCAGACUUGGACUUCUCGCGAUAUCUCAUUCAUGCAGGCUCUACCACAACAUUGGAAUGAGCGACGACAAAGCUAUCGUGCUUUGUGUAUCAAGUGCCGACCAAGAUUAGUUAUGCUAGAUGGAGUUCAAGUGACUGAUGAAGAAACCAAAACCGUGGAUGAGAUCUGCGCUGCAUUAAGCAGCAGAUAUAAGGAAGGGCAAUAA